AUGGUUCUUUUUUGUCGUUGUAGGUUCUACGAUGUUCCUAGUUUGACUUAUUCAGAGCCUCUGAGCCAUGAUGAGCGAGAUAUUUCCUACUGGCGGAGGCGAGGCCAGGACUUCAGCAUCCUUCUGGACUAUGCUGAUGGCAGGGAGCUAAGGGCCUCUGCUGGAGCGUGGAGGCCACAGGCCCUGAUCUCAGCUGAGGAAUACAGGGCAGAGAGACAAGCGCAGCAGCUAUGGGAGGACAUUUCCUGGUUAAGGGACCCAGAUGCGGGCCCUGGUCAACUGAGGGUGACAGGGGAGAGGAAGUGCCAAAGUCUUGGCACAGAGGAGUGGAGGCCCGCGGUGGGCCUGGGAAGGCAGUUGUCCGAUGGAGACGGGGAGAGGUGGGCAAAGGACCAGUACCGCCUGAGGACGCCCGAGGGGUUUUUUCACCCUAGAGUGAAAGCGAAGUCUCAGUCUCUCCCCAGGGUUUUGUCACCUGAUGGAAAUGACUGCAGAGAGCUAGUUCCAUCAAGACCGAGUCUACCUGACAGACAGAGGAUAAACAGCACUGUUUUCUCUGGGCCCUACAGUAGGUAUGUCUAUGGCGCCGGCAGGGACCGGUGGGGUAGGAAUGUCGGGCCAAGCAGCCACGUUGCACUUUUACCAAAGCCCAGGUUCAGCAGGCCUUUAAAGCCUCCAUCAUACGAGAUUCACCAGCAGACGAGGGGUAGCGCAGAAAUGCUCGCUAUAGAGCAGGGUGCCAAACAAAAAGACAGAUCUAUCUAUUAUCCAAGGGGUGGGGAGCUGAGACAUGACUAUUUCGCACAACACUCUGCCAUCACUGGAAUGGAGCCCCCGGGCUAUAUCCCGCCUCCCUCUUAUAGAAGAGCCCCACCCCCAAGAUCAGUUUCAAUCAACCGCAACGAAGUCGCGAGUUUUAGAUGGAGGGCAGAAGCCCUGCAGAUGCCCAUGUCAGAUCCCGGGAGGUGGUUCUCCCGACAGGGAUGUGGCUCGUGGCUGGAGAGCUACGGAGAGCGCAGCGCGUCCUUUCGGAAACUGGUACACUCUGGACCCGAAGAGCAGCCGGGUCAUCUUCGUCAAUUACCCGCUGAAGAUCCGAGAGUGAAGCAAAUCUCAGGAGGGCCUAGCGGAGCUUCUCUGACCGACAUGGACAAAAUGCGUAACAUCAACAAAGAGACUCCGCCCGCUAAGACUUUAGGACAAUCUACUAAUGAUAGUGCCUUUCCUCCCCAACAGGGGCCAGCUCUCAACACUGAAACCCGCAAAACAGCUAUCACUGACAACGACAGCAGUAAUCGAUGGUGCAACAGGGGUAUGACUAAAAAAAGUGACAGUGUAGGUCCGGAAACGAGCCGCACUCAGUUUCUUCCUUCAUCCAUUCUGGGCAAGCCACCACCGCCCCCAUGUAAGCCGGCCGAUCAGGGUGUUUCUGAAACUGUGACAGAGGUGAAGAAAGUGGAGCAGCCUGAACCGCCCGAGAAAGACAAAACAAAGAAUUUAAAAAAGAGACUCAGUGAAACUAUAUUUUGUUUGGUGUCUGUCCCGGUCACUCCACAGCUCACUGGUACGAUCCGCGAUCAGAACAACAACAACGAGAAGUCUCCGGACCCAGCAGGCAGUCCCAGUGACAACAAGACUGGCCACUUAACGAACCAAAGUCUCCAAAGCACAUCUUCAGCUGAAGCUGAGCUGCAAGCACUCACUGGUAGCAUAGCGAGCAGCAAAACUAGCAGCAGAGCGAGCAGCAAAAUGUUUAAAAAGCUGUCCUGUAGGCCUCCUAAGAUAAAUCACUACAAGGAGCUGAAGCUGUCCGGAUCCUGGCCUGCAAACCAGUAUCGAGACCAGGAGACACAAACUAGCCCAGAGGCCAGAAAACCCUCCCCUGAAAACAAGGAAGCACAACAAGAGCCCGUUACCCCCGACGCUGAAGUUGCUCCAGAUAACGGCGCCGUGCUGGGCGCUGCCUUCAGUUUUCCAAUUAAGGGAGUGAAGAGCCUAAAACUAUCCAGUAACAGCGCCUUCUCUCUCACCUCCACCUUCUCCAGUCAGCUGAACAAGAGCACAGCUCAACAGCCAGCAGUACCACCCUCAGGAAAUGUGGAGGAGACCAAACCAGCAGCAACUGGUGGCCAGGAGCCGUUUGAGCAGCUACUGCUGAAACCAACCACCCAGCGACCAUGGGAUGCUGUCAAGGAGCUGGAGACCAUCAAAAAAGAAGUCCAGGAACAACAGAAACAGCAGAUAAGCAAACAGCCCAGUGUUGACAAGUGCAUAGAGGACUUAAACGAGGCCUACAAAGACAUCUUAGAGCUAGGCACUGCCAGCAAUAAAGUCCCAAACGGUUCUGUUCAAAUCCCUGAACGCAUUAAAAUCCGACUGACAUCCGAACCUCUCAACAAGCCCAGCAGCCUUAGGCGCAGUGCAGUAAGCUGGUCCGUUGACCCAGAAUACCGAGAAGUGAAGAGCGCCUUCUCCAGGCCUGCGACAAAGUCAGUGACCUUCAGCAAGCAGCUUCGAGAGGAGCUGCCGGUCCCGCCUCGCGAGACGGGCUUCCGAGAAUACAGGGUUGUUGCACAUCUCUCCCGCAGAAGGAGCAACGACGGCAGGACGGUGAAACUGGACCUGCCGGACGAGCCUAUCGAGACGCCACUUUGUGACUUCAGUCCAACAACGCACACUACCGCAGCCGAGGUGCCAUGGGCGGACAGGCAGCCCAUGCAGGACGCCUCCACACUCACCAGUCCCCCAGAUUAUGAGGACAUAUGCCAGACUUUACGCCAGCCUAAAGACCCGGCGGACGGCGGCAAAGGGCCCGCCGGCCCUUCCAGACCCAACGACACCGAGAACCUUCAAGAUCUCGGCGCCGACUCCGAGGAGGACUGCCCUAUUUGCAAAAGAGAGCUGGAGAAUCAGAUGAGACAGGGCGCACUGCCUCCGCUUCACGAGGAGAACAGCUCGGACAGCUCGGCCAAUCAGAACGGCAGCCCGCCGCAGCGCGCCACGUCGGAAAGUCCGGAAGAAGGUUCAAAAACCGAGGAGCCCAACGCCUCAAGUUCCAACCAGCUGGGGUCGGAGCCACAUGCCGACGCAGAGGAGAAGCAUCCGUUGACGCAGGAGGGAGAGGGGGAACAAGGGGGCCAGGUUCAGGCAGAAAACUCAGAGGGAGCGCAGGCCGCCGAUCCGGCUGCGGACGCGCCGGCAAACGCAGGCACCGAGUACGUUUUACCGGCCAACUUGCCGUCGGAGCCCCAAGCCGCAGAGCAGCAGGGUGCCGAAACCGUAUCCAAAGAAGCGGAACCACAAGACGAGGAAGCCACGACGGGAGAAACGGCUGAGGGAAGUGCGGACAGACGGACGAGCGAGGAGAAAAGCGAGGAGGAGGAUAGAGCAGCGGCCACGGACAAGCAGGAGCCAGAGAAGAGGCAGUUCACUCUGCGGCCUCUGGGGCGAGACCACCCGGGGCUACCCGAGUUCCCGCCAGAGAGACUGCCCCUUUCAGUUCCCCCCAACCUCGACCGGAGACUAUCUCUCAGCUUAGAGGGGGAGAGGAGGAGCAGGGGCCCUUCCAAUCGCAUCGAGGCCCUGCAGACCAAGCUGGCCAUCUCUCCCGGCCGGGUGGCAGUGGAGCGGCUGGCCAGGAUGAGAGAGGUGGACGUCAUGUGCCGCGUGAGACGCCUGAGCAUCAGGAGCACUGACUCUGGGGAGGGCGAGACGGAGACGGAGGGGCCGGGCAAGGAGGAGCAGGUGGAGGAGCUCCAGCAAGAGCUCCAGCAGGAGCCUCAGAAGGACGGGGAGAACAAUCAGGGGGCCACUUGCUCGCAGCAGGCCGCUGAGGAGGCAGUGUCGCAAGAUGAGCAGAAGUCAUCUCUCUCAGAACCCAGUGAUCCCAGCCAAGCGGAGACAGUGUAG